AAUCAACAUAAAGCUAUCAUGGCGCGGUAGUUGAAGUUUUGGAUUGAGUAUCUAACUUGUUGUCUUGAGUGUAGAUGAAGUAAUUAAGCGGAGACUUCGGCGUUGGAUACAUUGAUCACAAAUGUAAUGGAGCAGAGUGAAACACCAGUUACAAGAUCAUCAUCUCCUCUUAUUCAACCAUGUAGCAGCAUACGGCGUGUAUUUCCUUUUAAACGCACACCACAUCGUCGGAGGAUCGAUGAUGUGCAACCAACAUCUAACAUUGAUUCCACUGAGUCUCAGGAACCAAAGCAUCCCGAGUCAGCUAGUGAAGGAGUUUCUUUACCUGGGCUGAUAAACAAGACAUGGUGUGUGUUCUACUUGUCUCCCCUCUAUGGGUUUUCAUUGGAUCCACAGGCACUAAAACAGUAUGGGAGAUCACUGACCACAUACUUUGCUCAGGAUCGGAACAAAGAAAUUACUGGAGAUGGAAAUAAAAAAAGCUGCACCUUCAGUGUGUAUAAGAAUAUCAAAGUUGGAGAUGCUGAUCCAGAAGCAGUGCAGAUCCUUGUUACAGGAAAGCCUCCAAAUGGGAAGAAAGUGGGUCCUGUUCUCUUGACAGCCAUUUUGUGUGGUGUUGAUAUUGAAGUUGAUCCGUGUGUUGGAUUUAAAGAGCACUUCGUCUACUAUCCCAUCAUGAUCAUCAAAGCAAGAAUUAUCCUUUCCUCACAGCUUUGUUCAUGGCUUGAGAGUCACUUUGACUGCCGCAUUGCUCCCUUGCGCCCUACUUCCAUGGACUUAGCCUGGAUGGUAGGAAUGUGGAGUGGGAAUGUUACAGGAAGAAAAAGCAAGCCUGUAGAACUUCUGUACACUGUACCAGAAUACUGCUCAGGCAUGACCAAAAUCACAUACACCAUAGAUGCUGAUGACUGCAAGGUCUUGUGGGACAGUAUCCACACCGCAGAAAGUGCAGAGUUCACUGAGGAGGAAGUCGGAACAUUUAUGAAAAGCUUGGAAGAACAUUUUUAUGAGUGCUUCAAAGUCAAACUGUGGAAAAUGCAGUUAACAAGAAUUGGCACUCCCCUGGCUUAUGUUGGAGAUGGAAGGUUGAAGAUAUUUUCUGCAAAGGAGGCCUUGCAAGUUCUUCGAUUUAUGUCAAUUCUUGCUGUUGAGCAAUUUCAGACUCUCAGCAAUAUAUAACUUCGUCAGAAAUCACCUAUGAUACAAUAUGUUAAGACAAGGGCAUUAAUUACUGACAAGAGCUGGCAAGGUGGCGGUGUUUAGUGCAUUUACUUUUGUUUUAUUUUUGUUAUAACAUUACAUAACUUUAUGAUGUGAAGUUGCUACAGACAAACAUUCUUCACUUUGGCAGUGAGUCCUGAGAGCGGAUGCACAUAGGCAUUAUACAUUAGCCACUAUUGAGGCUGUUAAACUGACCUCAAGACAAUAACCAUAUGGCUAGCAACUGUGUUUUGCUGUACAGCUGCCCUAUGAAAUGUUCAUUUUAAAAAAUAGACAAUAUACUUAUGAUGCUAUGUGAUAAUGUAUUUCUGCAACUUUUAAUAAUUAGAACUAAUGAAUAUAUUUACUAAGUUGUGGGUAUAUUUGUACAAGGUAUGUUGAAGGACUUAGAAUGAAGAGAAGUAAAUAGUUGAGCUUUUAAAAUUUCUUCACAAUUAGAGUUUGAAAAACAUUUUACUUGGAUAAAUCUGGCCACAUACGAGGCAUCUUUUGCUUUGACAUGUCUGAUGUUUUCUUCCUUUUAUUAUUCUGGUAAAUGGUGAAUGAGACUAUUCACUCAAAAUGUUUAGGCAUUCUUGAGCUGGGCAAGUAAUGAAUGAAACAUGCCUUAAACUAAUAGCUUUUUAAUUUAAGUAUAGUGCUGGAAAUGUUUUAGUUAAGAUGCUCUUUACUUUUUUUAAUUUUUGAGAUUUUAAUGUGAAUAAAACUGUCAUUGGAAAGUA